UAAAGAAGAAUCAGAGCUGCUUAGCAGCGGGGUUCACAGUAAUGGUGCUAUAGCCUGCUCAGCCAAUCACACUCUGAUAUGUAAAUGAGAUAGGAGAGCAUGUUUGCUGAUUGGUCCUCCCCAGACUUGCCAUUGGCCUCAUCAACGACUCUUUCUAUAAGCGGCUUCACCGUGAUGGGAGCUGAGGAGGGGCGGAUCCUGCCAGGAGAGGAAGAGAAGAGCGCGUACAUGGGCGGGAUCUAGACCCCGGCUGGAGUAGAGCAUCCCUGACAGCGGCUCAGCUAACGGCUAGAAAAGCAUCUCCAGGCUGAUGCUGAGUCAGGUACAGGUGGAGUCACAACCUUUUCGGUCAUGGAGGAGCUGGAACAUACCUGUCCACUGCCACGAACGACUCUCAUAGAACCUGCCAUAUUUACCCCGGAGACGAGCUGCGAGUGUCGGGCUCCACAUGAGAAGCUGACUGUAGAGCAAGCUCGACUUGGAACGCCUGUGGACCGGCCGGUGCGAAUCUAUGCAGAUGGCAUCUUCGAUCUUUUUCAUUCCGGUCACGCUCGCGCCCUGAUGCAGGCUAAGAAUCUGUUCCCUAACGCCUACCUUAUAGUUGGAGUAUGUAGUGAUGAACUCACUCACAAGUACAAGGGCUUCACCGUGAUGACAGAAGACGAGCGGUACGAGGCAUUGAGACACUGCCGCUACGUUGAUGAGGUUUUGCGCGAUGCGCCGUGGACUCUGACCCAAGAGUUUUUAGAAAAACACAAGAUUGACUUUGUGGCGCAUGACGACAUCCCAUACUCCUCUGCUGGAUCUGAGGACGUGUACCAGCAUAUUAAGGAGGCAGGUAUGUUUGUGCCCACCAAAAGGACAGAAGGGAUCUCAACGUCCGACCUGAUCACCCGGAUAGUGAGAGACUAUGACGUGUACGCUAGACGUAACUUACAGAGGGGCUACACCGCUAAAGAACUGAACGUCAGUUAUAUUAAAGAAAAGAAGUACCGUCUGCAGAAUCAGGUGGACAGGAUGAAAGAGAAGGUGCGGACGGUCGAGGAGAAGUCCAAGCACUUUGUGUAUAGAGUGGAAGAGAAGAGCCAUGAUCUUAUCCAGAAGUGGGAGGAGAAAUCACGAGAGUUCAUUGGGAACUUCCUGGAGCUCUUUGGCCCAGAUGGGACUUGGCAAAUGAUUCAGGAACGUAGUGGGCGUAUGAUCCAGGCGCUCUCUCCACGCUGCUCACCCAGCAGCAGCCCACCGAGGGACUUUUCCCCAUCACGCUCUCCGUCACCUCCAUCCCGCUGGGCCAUGCCCAGAACCUCUCCGCCCACGUCCCCGAAGGGCGCCUCCGCCUCCAUCAGCAGCAUGAGCGAGGGUGACGAGGACGAGAAGUGAGGAAUAAACCAUCACACACACAAUAGACUGAACUUUACUCACAAACAGCUACCCUCAUGGGAAAAUUUGAAGUACUGUACACAGCACAGGGUUGUUGAAGUCCUGUUUAGUUAUGCUGGUAUUCCAACAAAUAUUUGAAAGCCAUUGCAGCCCUGAACAGAUCCUGAGAGAAGAUUUAACAAAUUCACUGAAUUAACUGAAGCCACUAUUAGUGACUGUUCUUUGCAUACACUAUUUGUUGUUAUAGCACCCAAAUUGUUAAAAAAAUAUGAACAUCAACAGGAAUAAGCAAUAUCAGUAUUAUAACGGCUAUUGGCUGUUAUAUUUAAUUGUUCAUGCUUGUUCAGUUGUUUGGUUUCCCGUAUUUUUUUAAAUCACCCAACAUUCACUUAAAGCAACACUCAAAAUGUAUAUAAUGAGCGAGUACAUCAUAAACUCAUAUACCAAACUGCCUUUUUGUCUUAUCCCAGAACACUAUGGUACAUUUACAAUAAAAAUGUUUGGACUGUUGUAGCCUGUUCAGGUCGUCACCGUUGCGGAGUAACACAUACCUCCGUGAAUCGCCAUAGACAUAAACUUGGAGAAGUAGAUCCGGUUGGAAUGUUCUUCCGCGGGAUACGUGUAGUUCUGUUUAUUAACCGCUAGAGUUGCUUUCAAAUUCAUCUUUAAACCCACUGAUAAUUUAAUAACACUGUUUUUACAACAGUGUUUUUUUUUCGCACCGUACAUUCACUAAAAUGUUGUGGUUUAUCGGUUAACAGCCAUAACAAGAUAAAUUAUUAUCGGGUUCUUUUAAUAUUGGUGUAUACCCACAAAUUAGUUUAAUGACACCAAGUGGCCAAAGAAGUGUGGUUAGUGAAAUAGACACACUGAAAUAUUGUGAACAAAAGUGGUAGUGAAUUUCCCCUGAUGUUUAAGAGGAAGUGGACUGAUUCUGACGUCCACUGCUCAGGUCUGAAUGGAACAUUGGGACUGUCCUAUUGUAAUAUACUGUAUGUUUAUGAUGUCUGAUCCACCUCAUGAAUGUGUGUCAGCGCACACAUGAGGAGCUAAUGCUAACAUUGACUGAGCUGUCUGUGCAUGCGUUUAGUUCUCAUUAACCUGUGUGUUACUGCAGCCUUAACCUCGAAAUCAUUCAGAAUUGAAAAUUUGCUAAAGAAAAUGUAAUCACCCUUAGACCAUUCAGUAUGCAGGUGAGUUUGUUUCUUCAGAUUUCAAGAAAUGUAGUAUUACAUCACUUCCUUAGCAAUGGAUCCUCUGCAGUGGAUGGGUGCCACCAGAAUGAGAGUCCAAACAGCUGAAAAAAUUGAUGCAGUUCAUUGAUUAACACUGUGAGAAGUGCAAAGCUAAGUGUUUGUAAGAAACAAAUCCAGUAUCGUUUUUGAAGAUAGACUUGAAUGUGCAUGAUACAAACCUAAAUUGUAUAAUUCAUGACUGAAAACAUUUUGUAACAUGAUUUUG